AGGCCACCCAACGGCAGAAGCAAUCAAUGGAAAACCAGCACGACACCCAUGGUGCCUUAUCACCCAACCAAUGUGGUUCAAGCCUGGUUCAAGCUAUAGAUGCACCGCUGCCUCUAGUAUGGUCCAUUCUCCGUCGCUUCGAUAACCCUCAAGCCUACAAGCAGUUCGUCAAGAGCUGCACGUUGAGUGCCGGCGACGGCGGGAUCGGGAGCGUACGACAAGUGAUGGUCGUUUCGGGGAUGCCGGCCGCCACCAGCAUGGAGAGGCUAGAUCGACUCGACGAUGACACGCAUGUUAUGAUGGUUAGCAUUAUCGGUGGCGACCAUAAGCUCCUUAAUUACCGUUCCACGACUAGUCUGCAUAAGAGUAGGAAUGAAGAAGGAAAUGGCGGCGGGAAAACGGUGGUGGUAGAGUCGUACGUGGUGGAUAUCCCGGCGGGGAAUAGCAAGGAAGAUACACGAUCUUUCGCUGAUAUGAUCAUUGGGUGCAACCUUAGGUCAUUAGCUAGGGUAACUGAAAAAUUGUUUGUAAAUGGAGAGUUAUUAGAUUGA